UUUUAUUUUCAACUGAAGUGUUCUGAAUUGGACAAUGUUCUGUUUUACUUGUGUUUUAUUGUUUUAGGACAUUAUACUAAGCACUUAGCCACCUCAAAAGUUUUUGAAGUGCUCUUAGACUUCCAGUACCAGCUGUGUUAAAACCUCAUCUUUAAGAGUUUUUUACUAUAAAGAAAUAGGAAAGUUUUUAGUUGGUAGUGCAGCAAUAUGAAAGGCAGUGAAAGGCCAUCCGCAAUGUCUUUCUACCAUUGCUUUUAUAAAUCUUUUGGUAAAGUGAAUUUGCAUUUACUUUCGCGUGGAAAUACUUAUCUGCCAAUUCCUAAUAAUGUGCCGGAAUUAAAAGGUGUGGAGGCUCCAUUUGGUAAAGGUGUUUCAAUCCCAAGCCAGCAACAUAGACGAAACCCUACAGCUGUAGCACUGAGGGGGACCUCACAAGGAGUUUCGAAGUCACUUGGUUCCAGUUCUAAACCUUCUCCAGUUAAAUCUGCUGCAACAGGAAGGAAAAAGUCUUUAAAUAUUAAAAGGAAAAGUAAAUCCGCCGGACAUUUAAAUCUUCACAAAGACAAAGGUGAAAAAAACAAACAGGAAUCAAUUGUGAACUACACAACAACUGGUUUGGAUUCAGCGAGUGAAGUAACACUGGAUGAAAGUGGAAAACCUGUUACAGAUGUGUAUAUGAAGUAUAAGAGACCUAAUAUAUUUACACAAAACCAAGUUCCUAAGCACAAGUUGAACCAACAACAGCCAUCUACAACUGAACACACAGCCAAUAAUUCACCAGUAAAAAACACAGAAACACGUUUAAACUCAGCGAGCAAAAGAGACGUUCCAGCUUUUGUUCGAGACUUUGCGUCACAAAUGUUGAGACAGACAGCGAGCACGGGAGAUUGUGCGUUAAAGCAAAAGAAAACAAGACCAAAGUCAACCACUGAUAGCAAAUCAUGUGAUCAAGACAGAUAUGAAAUUGGCAGCGAGCAGUCAAUCCCAGAUCUAAUGGAGUUUGAUUUUCAAUCAAUUUACAAAAAAGAUGGUCUUCAGUUUGACGAAUCUUGGCAAGAACGAAUGUUAGAACGCUAUCAGUUGAUGAAGCUACAACGUGAGCAACGACAGUUUGCAGCAGCAAAUAAGAGAAUUAUGCUUCAGAAUGAAAGGCAAUACAAAAUACUAUCACAAAGGCCGGAACUUCUGUACCAUGACACAUGCGCAUGGUACGAAGACCACGCUGUGAUGUCCGACUACAUACUCCAGUCACAUUUAUUCACGGGCGCUAAGGAUGGUUCUGCUGUUGAACUAGUUGCAAAGAAAUCACCUAAAACACCAUUCACUGCAUUUGCGAGCCAUGGAGACGCUGAACCACCUGCAGCAGCCCCACCUAGUGAAAUAGAGCGUUCAUGGUCACAUGACUGCCGAACACCAGAUGCUGAUAGAUCCAGUGCAGAUCUUAGUAAGAAAUACAGGUUUAGUAUCCGUCGUUCAACUGAUGACAACAGUAGCAUUGCAAGCGAGGAAAUGGAUAGAACGUCGGUUCGUAACAGCAGUGCACCACCACCGUCACCACUACCUUUACCCAGCCCCCAACGUAGCAUGCUGUGUUGUAAACCAGCGAGCAGCACCAAGUCAAUGCAGAGGUUGUUGGUAGACCGACCUAGAUCAAGUACAUCCAUUCCUGGCAAAACAAGAUAUAUCCUGUUAAAACCGGAAGAAAGCAGUGCUGUGCCACGUACUCCAAGUCCAACAAAACUGGAGGAAGAUUUAUUAAAACGAAGAUUUCCAGCGCAGCAUCAUUCUCUCAUGCGAAUUCUCCGUCGUGAUGAUUCUCAACAGAAAGAUGGCAGUAUAGAGCGAGCGACACGUGAACCACGCCGCAACAGAAGUGCCACGGAGCCGAUUCGAUCAAGGUGUCCUUCAGCGUUGAGCAGAAGUACACCAAUUAGAAGCAUUACCCGUUUAAGUGAAACUCGCUAUGGAUAUUCUAAGGAUGGGCCCGAGCUUGUCCUUCCUACAGCUAUCCGAGAUUCAUCUCUGGUGUCUGUUCUUCACAGGAAGAGUUCAAAUUAUGUGCCUGCUGCUUUUUAAUGCGUUUGGGUUAUAUUAAGGAAUAUGCUGCUUUGCUUUUUUGCACAUGUAACUCAUUUUCGGUUAUAAAUGUACCUUUAUAUAUAUAUUUUUGUUGACUUGUGUAAAUAAAGUAUUUAUACAUUGUUUUGAAAA